UUAAUUUCUUCGGCAUUCAUUGUUUUAAGUGUCAAAUUUAAAUUAUCAGACGCAGCGUCCCGGAAAAAAACAUUGUAUAUUGCGUCGUCUCUUAGUGCCAGCGAUCGGAAUUAAUUCUGCACAAGAGCAUUUGACAAACUGCGCAAAGGUGUCUGACAAUGGCAGAUAGCCAAGAGUUCUGCCUACGUUGGAGCAGUUAUCAUCAGAAACUGACUGAAGCUCUGCGCACACUUCUGGACCGAGAAUUAUUCGUUGAUGUUACUCUUUCUUGUGAAGGCCAGUCAAUCCGUGCCCAUAGAGCUAUUUUGUCUGCAUGCUCGAACUAUUUUCAGGACCUAUUUGAAGAAAACAAGCAUCCACACCCAAUAAUUAUACUUACAAAUGUGAGAUAUGAUGAUCUUGAAGCGUUAAUUCAUUUUAUGUAUCAUGGUGAAGUUACCAUAAACACAGAAGCAAUGCAAGGAUUUUUGAGGAUAGCAGAAACCCUUAAAAUUCAAGGUCUGACGUGUAGUACCCCUGCAUCACCUGAACCUGCACUGUCCUCACAGGAUACAGAUGAUGCACCAAUAUCACCAGAGGAUACAAGUACCAAUGACAAUGCAGAUUCUGAAUCUAAUACAGAAACACAAAAAGAAGGUGCUUCUGCUCCCAAGAAAAUAAAAACAGAGCGUGCAAGUCCCCAGCCACAGCCAGAAUCACAAAAACAGCAAGAAAUAAGUAACAUUAUGAAUUCUCUAAAAGGAAUUGGCGAACUCAUAACAUCUUUACCUCAGAGCAAGUUGAACUCACCUGGUUGUUUCCUGUACAAUCAAGGCAACAGUCAGAGUUCACCAUUACUUCAGACUCCAAGUGCUUCCUUUAGUCUCACUGGUCGUCCAUUUCGUCACCGUGUUAUGUGGAAUCCUGAUCAAUUACGGAAACUUGAAGAGUGGUAUAAUGCAGAACGCUAUCCCAGUGGUCAAACUAUGAUAGAAUAUGCAAACUUUCUAGCUUCUAUGAACCCCAGUGAAGCAGUUCCUUGUCGACAGAAUGUUGACUAUUGGUUUCAAAACAGAAGACGAAGAGACACACACCCAGAAGUCGUUCAGCAAAGAGAGAAAAAGAAACUGUCCAAAAACAUGUGGAUGGUACGCGAACUGGGAGGUCAGAAUGGUAUGUCAUAGAAGGGAUGUUGCUCAUAGGCCAUUUGUGUCACUCACAUAUCGAGGAAGUGGAGCACAUUGACUGUAUGUAUUCCAGACAUUGCAGCCUACAAUUAUGAGACUUCCAUGAG